UCUUGCUCUCCAUUCCUUCCUCUCCCUCCUCCAGUCCCCUUUCACAUGUUUCUCUACCAUUUUUUGCCCCACACUCCUCUCUCUCUCUCUCUCUCCUCCGUCCUUUCCGUUUUAACAAGUCGUAUUAGGCAGGGAGGUAAAGCUAGCGCCCUGACAGCGCAGCAUCUUGUUUGUUUUAUCUCCCACAUCAUCUCCCUCAUCAUCUUCUGCACACACACACGACGCCUCCAUCUUUCUCUCUCCCGCAGCAGUAGACAACAUUUCCCAGCUUUCACCUCUCAUCUUCUCUCUCCUUCACCCUACCCAUCUUCCUCCUCUUCAUCACAGCUAUCAUAUUCUCCUCCGAUUUCUCUCUCCUCCAUCCUCCCUAUAUUAUUUAUUGCUGGUAUCUUAAUUCUUUUUUUCCUCUUCUUUCUUCUCUUCUUCCUCCUAUUGCUGGAGUAUUUUUUUUUCGCCAAACUUCUUGUACUAGUUCUCCCUUCGCUUCUCCUUCUUGUUUCUUCCUCUUCUCCCUUUUUUCCCCUCUACUCCUCUCCUUCUCCACUCUCUAUCUAUCUCUCUGUCUGUCUCUCUCCUCUUUCCAGUUGUCCUUGCCUUACAUCUUUUUCACCUCCCCCUCAUGUACUGAUCGGCUCAUCACCUCCAUUCCCCCAGUGGUAACACCGGGCGACGUGCACGAGUGCGCGUGCGGGAGCCGGAGGUGUUAGCAUGCAGCAGCAGCAGCACGGGGGAGGGGGAGGGGGAGGAGGUGGCGGGGCGGCCCAGCAGUUCGGCGUGCAGCAGGUGGAGAUGCCGCCGCCAUUCUCGCCGGCCGGCGGAGCCGGUCAGCGGAUCUCGCAGGCCGAGGCGGCGUCGCCCAUCAGCAGCCGGCCACCGGCGCCGGCGCAGCAGUACGACGAGCUCGGGGCGUCCGGCGCCGGCGCCGGCCCCGGCGGCUUCGAUGCCGAGGGGCUGGAGGCUGCUGCCGCCGGCGAGGAGGGCUCGAGCGGCGGCUCCGCGGGCAACCGGUGGCCGCGGCAGGAGACGCUGGCGCUGCUCAAGAUCCGGUUGGACAUGGACGCCGCCUUCCGGGACGCCACCCUCAAGGGCCCGCUCUGGGAGCAGGUCUCCAGGAAGCUGGCGGAGCAAGGGUACAGCCGGAGCGCCAAGAAGUGCAAGGAGAAGUUCGAGAACGUGUACAAGUACUACAAGCGCACCAAGGAGAGCCGCGCCGGCCGGAACGACGGCAAGACGUACCGGUUCUUCACGCAGCUGGAGGCGCUGCACGGCACCGGGGCGCUGGCUCCGGCGGCAACUCCGGUGGCGUCGUUCGCGCCGACGACGACAACCGUCGGAGUGUCUGGACCUUCGGCCGUGCGGGUGCCAGCCGAGCCGCCGCCUGCCGUGUCGGCCGGGGUGGCAGGCAUGGCGGGGACGAUGGGCAGCAUGAUGAGCUUCUCGACGUCCAACACGGAGGAGUACUCGGACGAUGAGGACUCGGACGACGAGUGCACUGAGGAGCUGGGCGGCAGAGCGGACGAGCGAGGGAAGAGGAAGAGGCUGUCGGAGGGCGGCGCCGCGGCCGCCGCCGGCGGGAGCAGCAGCGGGAAGAUGAUGAGGUUCUUCGAGGGGCUGAUGAAGCAGGUGAUGGAGCGGCAGGAGGCGAUGCAGCAGCGGUUCGUGGAGGCCAUUGAGAAGCGGGAGCAGGACCGCAUGAUCCGCGAGGAGGCGUGGCGGCGGCAGGAGAUGGCGCGCCUCGCGCGGGAGCAGGAGAUCCUCGCGCAGGAGCGCGCCAUGGCCGCCUCCCGCGACGCCGCCGUGCUCUCCUUCAUACAGAAGAUCACCGGGCAGACCAUCCCGAUGCCGUCCAUUGCCGCGCCCGCCGUCAACGUCAUGCCUCCGCCGUUGCAUCCGAAGCCGCCGCCGCCUCAGCCGCACCCCACGCCCAUCGCGUCCGCCUCGCCAGCCCCGCCGCCGUCGCAGCCACCAGCUUCGCAGCCUCCGCCACCACAACCGCAGCCGUCGCCACAGCCGCAGAGGUCGCCAAUGCCUGCGACUCCGCAAGGACCGCCACCGCAGCAGCAAAGCACAGACAUUGUGGUGACACCUGCCGAGGCUCCGCACGCCGAUGCCCCGGGGUACGACGGGUCCGGUGGCGGCGCGACGUCGUCGCGGUGGCCCAAGGCGGAGGUGCACGCGCUGAUCCAGCUGCGGAGCAACCUUGACACGCGGUACCAGGAUGCCGGGCCCAAGGGCCCUCUCUGGGAGGAGAUCUCCUCCGGCAUGCGGCGGCUGGGUUACAACCGGAACGCGAAGCGUUGCAAGGAGAAGUGGGAGAACAUCAACAAGUACUUCAAGAAGGUGAAGGAGAGCAACAAAAAGCGCCCCGAGGACUCCAAGACGUGCCCCUACUUCCACCAGCUCGACGCGCUCUACCGCAACAAGGCGGCGCUCAGCUCGUCCGGCGUCGGGGCGGCGGUGCACGCCAAUGCAUCGUCAGCACCGCAUGAGGCGGUCACGGUCACAGCCGCAGCGCCCAUCUCGCAGACGCCGCCGCCGCAGCCUUCCCAGUCCCAGCGCGCGGCCAAGAACGGCGGCAGCAGCAACGCCGGCACCGGCAACGGCAAUGGCGGCGGCGCGCCAGACCACGGCGCCAGCGGAGGCGGCUCCGGGGGCAUGCAAAUGCAAGCGAGCAACGGCAGCGUCGCGGGCAGGUUCUUCGGCGAAGGCGGCUGCGGCGGCACGGCCUCAGCGGCGAAGAAGCCAGAGGACAUCAUGAAGGAGAUGAUGGAGCAGAGGCAACGGCAGCAGCAGCCGCAGGCGGUUGUCAGCAGCUACAACCGAAUCGACGGCGCAGACAGCGACAACAUGGACGAGGACGAGGACGGCGACUACUACGAUGACGACGACGACGACGACGACGUCGACGGCAACAAAAUGCAGUACGAGAUCCAGUUCCAGCGGCAGCAGCACCAGAACGUCGUCAGGCCGAACGCCACCGCCUCCACCGGCGGUGGCAACCCGCAGGGCACCGCCGCUCCCAGUGCGGCGGCGGCCACGACAACAACAACAGGAUCUUUCUUGGCCAUGGUCCAGUGAUCGAUCCAUCCGCACACCCAAACAUUCACCCUGGUGACUCUCCUCUUCUCAAUGGUUUCUUCUCUAUCUUGUACCAUUUGUAUCUACCUACCUGUCGCCUCCAUGCUCGUCCAUAUCUCUACACCUCAAAACAUAAAACCUCAAGAACUCCCCCCCUCCUCAAAGCUCCGGCAAUUCUCCAUUUAUCAUGCACGUAGCAACAUCUCGAUCCAUGUCGUCGUCGACAUUGCUGCUACCUAAUCCUUCUCCUCCCUGUCCAAGCUGGAGAUCGAACUAGCUGCACCCAUUUCUUGAUUCGUUGUUGUGUUAAAUUACAGUGGGCGCGUCUUAGGUGUUACAGUAAAAAAAAUGGUGCUGUGGUUAUUUAUUGAUUUGUUGUGGUGAUUAAUAAGAGCCCUCAAGCUUGGGGAGUUCGCGGAGAGGUUGAAUUGGUGCGGUGAAAACGGCAAGUGAAGGCGGUAAUAAGAGCUCGAUCGCGCGGUUAAAGAGAACAAACAGACAAGGUGAAAAAAAGGCAGAUGAUGCAGUGCGUGGACGCACUGUUACCUCGGUAAAUUUUGUGCAUGAGGCUACUGAUCUACAGUGGUGUAGUAUGCUGCAAGCGAUCGGAGCAGUGAAAAAAUGAAAAGGAUGUGCUCGUCAUGAGGCAUGAACAAGAGCCGGUGCUGGUUCAUGCGGGAGUUUUUUUCCUUUCAUUUUUUUUAUUUUCCAUCCUUUUCUUUUCAUUUCCAAUUAAUUAAACUGUCCAUUAUGUAUUACCCAAGUUUUUCUUUCUUUCUCAAACUAUUGUUACCGAAGUUUUACAGUGUAUACUUGAGACAUAUUAUAUGUUAAAAUUCUUGUUAUUAUGUAUCGGAAGUUCUUUCAAA